CAUUCAAAUUUCAAAAUCAUCAAUUACAAUUGUUUUCUUCCUCAUCAUCUUUGGUUUUGGGCUGCUGAUAUAUGCAUAGAAAAAUGAAUUCGUCCACCAGCUUCUUGUUCAUCUUCACCGUAAUUCUUGCAUUCUCAGUUAAUCAUGCUUUUGAUGAUUCAGAUACACUCAGUUUCGCCCACUAUCAUGCAACCUGUCCCGACCUCGAGAAGAUCAUCCACAGCAAGGUUAAAGAAUGGGUCAACAAGGACUCGACACUCGCUCCCGCUCUCAUGAGGUUGCAUUUCCACGACUGCUCCGUCAGAGGAUGUGACGCUUCGAUUCUUCUAAAUCACAAAGGGAGUGAGAGGAUAGCCAAUGCCAGCAAGUCAUUGAGGGGAUUCGAAGUGAUUGAUGAUAUCAAAGCAGAGCUUGAGAAAGAGUGUCCCAAAACUGUGUCCUGUGCUGAUAUUCUGACUGCUGCUGCAAGAGAUGCUACUGUCGAGGCCGGUGGUCCAUUUUGGAUGGUAACGUAUGGUAGGAAAGACGGACGAGUUUCCAUCGCCCAAGAAGCUGAUUUGGUGCCAAUGGGUCACGAAAAAAUAACCGACUUGAUCGAGUUUUUCCAGUCCAAGGGAUUAAAUGUGCUCGACUUGGUCGUCCUCUCUGGAGCACAUACUAUUGGAAGAAGCACAUGUGGUUCUCUGCAAAACAGGCUCUUUAACUACAAAGGAACAGGAAAACCAGAUCCAAGCAUCAAUCCUAAAUACUUGAAUUUCUUGAGAAGAAAAUGCAGAUGGGCUUCGGAAUACGUGGAGCUUGAUGCAGUGACGCCCAAGGCCUUCGACGUGCAAUACUACAGAAAUCUUGAGAAGAAAAUGGGUUUGUUAUCGACUGAUCAAAUGUUGUACUCUGAUUCACGUACUGCACCCCUUGUCACUGCAUUGACUUCGCAAUCUUCAGUCUUCCGUCAUCAAUUUGCUGCGUCCAUGGUGAAGCUUGGAAACAUUCAAGACUAUGAUGAUGAUGAUGAUGAUGAUGAUGAUGGUGAAAUUCGAGUGAAUUGCAACUGGGUCAACGCGUGAAAAUCUUACUUUGCAUGUAUUCACGAGCUAGCUAGAGCUAACAAAUGCAUGAUUUGUUGGAAGAAUUAUCGUUUUUAA